GAGACGGACAGCAAGCAAAGGCCCGUUGGGAAUCUCUCUCCCAUUCGCUUUCCGACCACCACCGCCCGCCGGCGGCCGCCGAUUCCUCUCCGGCCAUUCCCUUUCCCAUUGCUUUCCAAGUCGAGGCCUAAGUGCCCCGGCCACGCGGCCCAUUCUCGCACUAAUGUUCAGGAGCAAUAAUGUUGCUGCGAGGAUUUUCGAGCGCCAGAUCGUCACUCCCCGCCCCGGCACCAGCGUUAACUGUGUUAGACAAUUUUAUGAAAACUUAGUUCCAAAUUAUACGGUAUAUGAUGUCGAUUGCCCAGAUCAUUCUUUCCGCAAGUUCACAGAUGAUGGGCAAUACCUAAUAAGUUUUAGCAGGAAUCAUCAGGAGUUGAUUGUGUAUAGACCGAUAUUGCUAUCAUUCUCGUACAAAGGAGAAAAUUGUGAUUUUGUUGAUAUACACCAGAAAACAAAGAGGUUCGACAGUUAUUUCACACAGCUGUACAGUCUCCCACUAGUAUCAAGCAAUGAGUUUAUAUUCAAAGACUUCUUUUUGUAUGUGGAGAGUCACCAGUUUGGCAUAUUUGCGACUACUACUGCACAAAGUCAGGAUGCUUCUGCUACAGAAGGUGCAAUUCAUGGUGUCCCUUCAAUAGAAAAAAUUACCUUUCACCUUGUGAGAUUGAAAGAUGGAGAUAUAUUGGAUGAGAAAGUAUUCUGUAAUGAUUAUAUUAAUCUGGUUCACAGUAUGGGGGUUUUCCUCUACGAUGAUUUGUUGUGCAUCCUGUCACUUCGAUACCAAACUAUUCAUAUCAUGCAAAUUCGGGAUUCAGGAAACCUUGUUCUUGUAAGAAUAAUUGGGCCUUUUUGUCGAGAAGAUGAUGAAUUAUAUCUAAACUCUCAUGUACCUGUUGCAGAAGGUAGUCAUUUUCUUAAUGGCAUCAAACAGCGGUUACUCUCUUUCAUCUUCCGUAUAACAUGGAACGAUGAAACAGAUCCUAUUCUGAGAGUUCAUCAUCUAAAGAAGUUUUAUUUCCACUUUCAAGAUUACAUCAAUCUGAUCAUGUGGAAGGCUCAGUUCUUGGAUCGUCACCAUCUGCUAAUCAAGUUUGGUAGUGUAGAUGGAGGGGUUUCUCGGAGCACCGAUCACCAUCACCAUCCAUCCUUCUUUGCCGUUUACAACAUGGAAUCAACUGAAAUAAUUGGUUUUUAUCAGAAUUCUGCAGAAGAACUUUACUGUUUGUUUGAGCAGUUUUAUGAUCAUUUUCAAGCAACAUCUAGAAACUCAUUGCAUUUGAGAUUUAUAUCUUCCCCUUGCAAUAACGUCCACGCCCUCGAUCAACUUUUGGGAAUGAAAACCAAAGCUUGCAAUUCUGCACAGAUAUUUCUAGUAGUUAUUAUCUCUUGUGACAUGACUUCUGAUUAUCUCUCUGUUAGAACUUAG